CUGCACCCGCGAGCUGGCGCACGUCCAAAGUGGAGAUAUGCAUUACGGGCACGAGGCGAUCGUCUCCUUCUCGUGACUAUGUGGGAUACUCCGUGCGCUGGACCAUCGCUCGUAGAUCAGUAGUGGACGCGCUGCUCCAGUGACCGAGUGCCCUCGGUGCGCCAGCAAUAUGGGCCUUUUGUUCUCGAAGCUCUGGAGCUUGUUCGGCAACGAAGAGCACAAGAUCGUCAUGGUGGGCCUCGACAAUGCUGGCAAGACGACCAUACUUUAUCAGUUCUUAAUGAACGAGGUGGUGCACACAUCGCCGACUAUUGGCUCGAACGUGGAGGAGGUCGUGUGGAAGAACAUACACUUUAUCAUGUGGGACCUCGGUGGUCAACAGAGCCUUCGAGCUGCUUGGUCAACCUAUUACACUAACACGGAGUUCAUCAUUGUUGUGAUCGACAGUAUGGAUAGGGAGAGAUUGGGUGUUAUUAGGGAAGAGUUGUAUUCGAUGUUGGAGCGGGACGAGCUUAGCAAGGCGUCUGUUUUGGUUUAUGCUAAUAAGCAGGAUUUGAAGGGAAGCAUGUCUGCCACCGAAAUAUCGAGGCAGCUAGAUCUGACGUCGAUAAAGAAGCACCCCUGGCACAUACAAAGUUGUUGCGCUUUGACGGGCGAAGGGUUGUAUCAAGGAUUGGAAUGGAUCGUUGGACGCUUAAAGAAGACAUGACGUAGGAUAUAGGAUUUUCGUGCACUUACGAUAAUGGAUUUGAGCUAUAGUGUGAGUGCUCCUAGAGUCGUGCAAUUUAACGACUAGCAGAUUUCCAUCUUUUUUCCAAACAGUUUUUGGAGUAGCGGUGUCUGUUGGAACCGUCGUUGAUAGCAGGUUGUUGGUUCAAAAGUUUCCAUUUGCAUUUUCAAAGAAGAGACAUUGGGUCGUAUUGAGUUUCGUAUGCAAUCGUAUGGAUAAGCACAUUCGUGUAUAUAGUAGUUUUCAUAUUAGCACGAUGAGAAUGACGAUGAUAAGCUGCUGCAAAAAUUUGGGCAUCUCGAUGCCAAUGUUAAUAAAGAGCCAAGGAUUCUUGGUAGUUUAUGCGUUAACUUGAUUACCGAUUGAAACUGAGCAGUGCAUCUUGUAAGACUUCCCGACAAGGUUAACCAAAAAGACAAGAACGUACGACAAGAAAUACAAAAACUAAUUAAAAAUUUCCAGCAUUAAUCGCUCGAUUGUACACAAUGACUCGGCGACGAGAUAAUCAUCUCACCGAUCUUAUUUCCAAAGUAAUAUUUUUUUUAACAAAUUAUUAACUUAACAGUACGCUGUUUAAUUUAAAAUUACAUAAUUAAGAGUUGUAGUAUACGCUUGAACGAUAAUUAUAGUUAAUGUAUAUUGAAAGAAGACUAUUCGUAAAAGAAUUUUCUUAAGAAUGCUUAGAUUUAUUAUGCGCUGUCAAUGUUAAUAGCUUUGAAAAUUAAUAUUUUAUAUGACAGGUCUACUAAAGCAUAGAUAGAUGUAUUGCUAAUUUUGCAUUGGUAUAGAAAUACUCCAAUUGGAUUAUUUUAACGAAUUUUUAAUAACAAUGUUAAGAGGUUAAUGACGAAGUUUCAAUAAGUAUUGUCAAGCUUGUUUAAGAAUGAAAAAUGAUGGGCAAUUAUUUUCUCAUAUUGAGAAAAAGAUCAUUUCAUGAUCUGUAUUGAUGAGAUUUUUCGUUUUCUAAUUACAUUUUUACGCCAUUGUCUCAUCGUUCAAUUUAUUGUAUCCACUACAGUAAUCGAUAAAUUAUUAUAUUUCUAUAAACUUAAUUAAUUAAAUAUUUUAUAUUCUGCCAAUUGUAACUGGUACGAAUGAAAGAAGGCAGUUUAAUUAGAUGAAAAUGAAAAUUAAUCACGUCCUUAACAUUUUUCUGAAGCCCUUUCUCCUCUCCUUUCCCCCAACCCAUGCCAACCCCCAA